AUGGCGAAAAGGAACGUCGCUCUCCUCCGGACACUGGAAACAUACUACUAUCUGCAGAUUCAUAUACAGAAGAAAGAGAAGCCGAGCACAGCAGUUUCUUACCUACCAUCUGCAUUUUUCAAAAGGGACUUGCCUACAGAGCCUACGAGCNAAUCACCAGUGCAGAAGCUUCCUUCAUUGACAAAGAAUGUGGUCUUGAAGAGAUGUGAGGCCAUUCCUAGUAAAAUUCAAUGUGCUUUCUGUCUUGCAUCAGAAGAAUCAGAGGCUUCUGGAGAUAUAGGUCACUACUAUAAUGGCAAGCCUGUCGCUGCGGAUCACAAUGGAGGACUCAAGGUUAUACAUGCACACAGGACCUGCGCUGAAUGGGCUCCCAAUGUCUACUUUGAAGAAGAUACUGCUAUUAAUCUUGAAGCUGAAUUAACUAGGAGUCGUAAAAUUAAAUGUUCUUGCUGCGCAAUUAAAGGAGCAGCUCUUGGGUGCUACGAGAAGAGUUGUCGUAGGAGCUUUCAUGUCACCUGUGCAAAGUUGAUGCCUCAAUGUCGAUGGGAUACUGACAAUUUUGUUAUGUUAUGCCCCGUUCAUGCCUCCUCUAAGUUGCCAAAUGAAAGUCCUGAAUCUCAAGCAACGAGGAAGAAGAGCAAUCCUAAAAAACAACCGAAUGUUGAAUGUCCUAAAGUUGCUGCUAAACAAGACAGCAAUACCCCUCCAGAUCAGAAGUUUUGUGGACCGUCCAAGAAAUUGGUUCUUUGUUGUUCAUCCCUCACAAAUGCAGAGAGGGAGUCUGUCGCUGGAUUUGAAAGAUUAUCUGGACUUAUGGUUUUGAAGAAUUGGGAUUCUAAUGUUACACAUGUUAUUGCAUCGACAGAUGAAAAUGGAGCAUGCAAAAGGACCCUCAAAGUUUUGAUGGGUAUCUUGGAGGGGAAGUGGAUCCUGAAUGUGGAGUGGAUUAAUGCUUGCACAGAGGCCAUGAAACUAGUUGAUGAGGAGCCUUAUGAAAUCAAGGUCGACAUUUAUGGAAUCAGGGAUGGUCCUCGACUUGGUAGACUAAGGCUGCAGAACAAGCAACCAAAGCUUUUUGAUGGAUUCAAGUUUUACUUCAUGGGAGACUUUCUACCUUCGUACAAGGGGUAUCUACAAGACCUUGUAAUAGCUGCCGGAGGAACGAUUCUGCAAAGAAAGCCUGUUCCAGAGGGCCAAAAAGCCUUGUCAGCCGGUUCCCCCAAAUGUCAAACCUACAUAAUUUACAGCCUCGAGCUGCCUGAUCAAUGUCAUCGUAGCAAGAAGAGUACGAUUUUCAACACUAGGCAGGCUGAUGCAAAGGCUUUGGCCAGUUCCGAUGGAGCCAUGGCAGUGAGCAAUUCAUGGGUUUUGAACUCCAUUGCCGCCUGCAAGUUACAAAAUCUUUCUGAUUUCGAAUAGUAUACAUACUGCACAAGUCCUGUAAAUGUUUAGAACUUCUCCAGAAUCCAGUUCUUAUUUCAAUUUAGUUACUUUGUGGUUCUUUUAAACUGUGAACAUAAAUGAUUAUGUAAUUCUUCGUUGCUUCCAA